AUGGGAAGAACACUUAAAACAGAUAUUCCAGUUGUAGAAAACCAGCUCAAUGUUAAAGAUUCCAAAGCAGUUGUUGCAUGGAAAACAAAGAAAAAAGAAAUCCAGAAGGCUUAUCAUGACAGAGAAGCCAAACCUUUGCCACCACUGAAGCAAGGUGAGAUGGUGAGAAUCUACGACCAAAAGAAGUUGAUGUGGGGAGAAAAGGCAACGGUGAAAGAAAAGAUUGCAAUUCGUUCGUACAUAGUGGAAACCAAGGACAAAGUUCAAUACAGACGAAACAGGAAACAAUUGAGAAAAAUUACCUCGGAAGUCGAAGACGGAAAUGAUAAAAAUGUAAGCACAACGAAACGAGCGGAGAAACAAGUCGAGACAAAGUUGGUACCCUCGAAUGAAGUAUCAAGAGACAGAUCAAGAUAUGGUAGAACAAUAAAGAAACCUCGUAGAUAUGAACAAUACACUUAACAGAUAAGUAAAGCAUGUUAGGACUUAAGAAGAACUUAGUAGUUGUUAUAAGACUUCAAUUUUAAAGUUGACUUUAUCUCAUGAGAGUAGACGGUGUUCAAACUGUUGAUUAAUAUUAACUUUCUUAUUGUAUGCGGAAUGUAAGGAUAUCACAUGACUCAUGCAUGCGAGCACAUGGGACGUCGAAGGAACGUUGAACAAGGACUGAGUAUAGUUGAGUUAUCAAGUAAAGUUAAAUGUAGUUUAUACGGCAUAAGAUAAAUAAAAUAUAUAACGUUACACAAGUGCAGGGAGGUCUUUCACACGGAUCUUCUCAAACAGGAUUGAAAAUACCAAAAGGUGGAAUUCUACUUACCACUAACAAUCCUCCUGAGACCGACAGGUAAGAAUUUUUUCCCAAAUAAUCACCUAUGAAAGUGAUUGUCAGGCUCUGUGAUUAUCGUCAUGAAUAUUUAACAAUUAUUCGCCCGAAGGCAAAGAUAUUACCGGUGAAUAUUCACCGUAAUCACUGAGCCUGAGGUGAAUAAUUGUUUUAGUAUAAAUUUUUAAUGAAUAAAACAAAGUAUCUAAGUUUAUGGUUACUGUCAGUUUUAGUGUUUCGCACGCUUUCAAAAUGGCUUCCUGUGCGACUUUAUUGCUUUAUUACAAAGUUGUUUUUCUCGAUUUCUGUUUAGAAUAUAAACACAAUGAUGGAAUGACUUUUUCACCAGAUUUAGAAUUAAAAAAUAGUUUCUGUUUAACAUUAAUUUGUUCAGGAAAUGGCUGAGAAAUUUGGUAAAAUGAAAUGUAAAACUAUAUCAUUCGAAAUAUAAAAGUUUUAAUUCACUUUUCACUUUACAAGUCUCAAAAACACAAUAGGACAAUACAGCAUCAAGACACCAUACAGCACAAUGAAAACACGACAUAUAUCAAAAGAAAUAGUAUCGUACAAAUUGAGAUAUUUAUAGGAUACAAAACAAAAUUGUUUUAAAAAGAAUGUCGUGGCUUUUCCCAAUAGUCGGGAUAGUUUUUGCUAUUUGUUUGAAGCGAAUGUUUUGGAGUUUUAAAUAAGUUUUAAAUUGUCUAUGAAUAUGUUUGACACAGUAAAAUAAUAAAGAAAUCCUACCUUUCAAUUUAAAUACAACAUUUUGUGCUUUUUUUCCUUUUUCUGGGACGAUUUUUUCAAAAUUUUGUCGAUUUUGAAACCAAAUUUGCAGAUUCAUUCUUUUUGAAAAGCAUUAUUUACUAGUCUGCUAGUAAAUAAUGUGUCAGAUUUACUAGUGAACUAGCCAAUCAGAGCACACGAAAGCUCAUUUGAUAUGCAAAAUUUAUACUAAUCACCUCGCCUUAGGUGAAUAAUUGUUAAUUCAGUUUAACUUAUAUUUUACACAUUAACUCAAAAUUGUCAUUUUUUUGCGUUUGCAGGUUAGAUAGAUGUGUUAUUCAACUGGACUAUAAUGUAAGCGAUCCCAAAUUUAAUAAGGACAAUGAAAGAGAAUUGUUACGCCUGGAAAAUUUUGCUGAUAUUAACAGGGCAAUGCACUAAUGUAGUGUAGCUACAUUUGCAUAUUACUAAGUACUAACACACAUACAAAGUAACACAAGUGUAAACUGUACUCUGUGUAGGUAUGUUAAUCUGUUUCACUAUAAAUCAUUCACAAAUACAUGCAUACUCUGCAUACACUUCAAUGGAGGAGGGGGUAAAUCAGCAGCUAAACAUAUACGGAGUUACUUGGAAAAGACAGCAAAAUAAAACGAAACGAAUUUAUUUCGUUGUUCGCAUUGAUAUGCCGCGUUUUCACUGUACCGGAUUUGCUUGUCACGACAUAUUUUGAAGUUUCAGAAUGCCCUGGCUAAUUUAAAUUACGAUCAAUUAUACGAUGAAAUAAAAUGAAAACUGUGAAUACUAAUAGUUUAAAAUUUGUACACAAUCCUGCAAUUCACAUGCAUUACUUCUGAACAGCCACAGUAGCUCAGAUCUGUACAGUGUAAACGGGGCCCCCAAAUUAAUGUCAUUUAUGAUUUAACCUUCAUUAAAUUUAGGGGGUUUUAUUAGCGUGGAUUAUGUGCUACUGUAACAUGUGUGCAGAAUUUGAUGCUGAUGUCAUAGAAAAAUGCAUUAGUGAACUUGACCCCAAUCAGCAAAGGAGAUGGUAUAAGGGUGUCAAGCUUAUGAUGCUGGUUUAUGUUGUGGAAAGAAUUUUUUUAAAAUUUAAAUAAACUUUUUCAUCGAACAAUAAUUUCCCUUUAGGGCUUUGAUCUUUAUGCAGUAAAUUAAAUGCAUGUUAACACAUGCUUGUUUAAAAUUAAUGACUAAUAAUGUUGAAAUAAUUUCUUUAUGGAAAAUUGACCAUAUGAAAUUAAAUAUUUACAACACUUUUUGACAUUUUUAUAGUUUCAUGUCACUGCAAAAAUUGACCCAGACUUACCGGGGACAAUAUUGAAAUUUGUUUCGGAUAGUCUACUGGACUUGGAUCAACUACCAUUAUGGGCAAGGUUACAACAGGCCAUCCAGGCCAAAUUGCAGGAAGGAGAUGUGAGUUAUACUCUUGAUCAAGGUGUUUCAUAUACUAAAAAAAUAAAUUAGAUUACCAUAUUGACAAUUGCUUUAAAAAUUAUGUUAUAACCCGUCUAUUAUACAUUUGGUAUGAUUUAUUUCGACUUUAUUAUUUUUGCUAUUUCUAGUAUCAGUUGAAUUCUUGAAAUUGCAUUAAUGUUUUUAUUAAUUUUUCAGUUUGACCUAAGAUUUUUGAUCGAUGAGAAUAAGUUUCACAGCAUGAUUUUAAAACAUUGCCCUUUUUAAUUGUUCUCAUACAUCCAAAUGCAGCCGCUGCAUGCGAUAAGAUAACUAAUUUUGUUGUACAACACUCAUUAGGUUUUAAGAUGGUCGUCUCCAUUAUGCAAUGUGAAAAUAGAUGGCAAAUUUCAACCUGCUUUUGGUACAAGCUCAAAUACUUUAGACACAAUUCGCCGCUCUGAACAUUGAAGUAAGUAUGAGGUUGUAAUGUUAUAUAUGUAUUAUGUUAUACAGUGUAACACGUGUUGUCAGACUAGUACCCAGGAUUUUUGCCAGAUUGUGGCCUAUUUUUCACAUUUGGAACAGCAAUAACUUUGAAAACCGCUUGAAAAAUUUAGGUUACUGUUACAAUGUCUUAUAUGUAGUUUUUAUGAGCUUUCUAGUGAUGUGAGUCAUUUUUCUUAUGAGUGAACUUGAAAUUUCACGUUUUUUUAACAAUAUGGGAGUAAUAGGGAAAUCGAAAAAACCUUGUCAUAAUGGAAAAAGCUCAUGGGGACUUGUAGUAUAUUGUUCAGGAUAGUCAAAUUUUGUGAACCAGGGGGAGUGUCUUUUCCAACAAACUGAAAAUGGCUUGCUCACAAAAUUUAAUAUAAUUUACUUAAUAGUAAACUUCUCAACAUUUUGAGCAAAGGCCGUUCCCGUCAGCCAUCAGGAGAGUCAAAUGGUCAUUCGUCAACUCAAGUUUAAAUAUUAAUUAAUGCCCCUCAAAUAUAGUAAAUAGUGUGUAUAGCUUACCAUAUUUACUCGAUUGAGCGCCACCCCCGAAUAACCACUGCAUUUGAGAUAUAAUUUUUUUAAAGAGUGCUGCCCCCAAAUGAGCACCACAGUAAACAGUGCAAAACCUUUCCGCCGUCAAAGUGGGGACAUUUAGUGACAAAGACAUUAAAAACUUUAGUUUAGUUUAUUCUUAAAAGUUCUUGUUAUAGUUCACAAAUAAAAGUUUUUUUAAAGAGCGUCGCCCCCGAUUGAGCGCCGCAUCUGGAGCUCUGAAAAUUUAAAGAGCGCAGCGGAGCUCAAACGAGUAAAUAUGGUAUUGCAUUAAGCAAUACCCACAAUACCCGCAACCCUCAAAUAUGAGAGAACUGGUUUGUUAAUAAUUUAUUUAUCUGUUCUUAUAUAAAAAGCAUUGGGAAGAAGUACAGACGAGCCAGAAACCAAGUAUGUUGCAGAGAGGUCUGUAGUUGAAUUGUCAUGUGACAAUAUAAAAGCUUUACAAGAUAUUGUUGAAAAAAUAAAAGAGAAAAUCUCAGGUAAUGACAUAAUGCUAAAAAAUAUUUUUGAUUCUCAACCUCAUGUGCUGCAUGCUCUAUAAAUAUUGAGUGGUUUCUGCAGUGCAAAGUCAAGCUAUAUAACAGUAUAAGGAACUUUACAUCUCGACGUCCACUGAAGUAAGCCAAGCUAGUAACAAUGUUAAAAUUAAAUCUUUUUUAUAUUUUGUUUUAGAUAUAAGUGCACAGGAAUACACCAAAAUUGACAUAAAUGCUGAAGAACUGCAAAAUGUAUGUAUUUUACAGUAUCUUGAAAGGUGAUGUUUUCAUAUUUAUAUAUAUACACACUAUCGCUGCUGUUUGUAUAAUUUUGGAUGAAUGCAUGAUAUAUAAACAACUGAGAUGCAUUGGUAACUAAUGUUUCCAUUUUAAUAAAUAGCUCUUUGAAAUUGUUGGGAGUUAUCGCCCAACCAAGUUAAAAGAAAGAGUAAUGACCACCAUACCAAGAAAGAAGAGAGAAUUUAUCGAGGUGACUAUAAAUGAAAUUAACCAAAACGCAAUCAUGAUAUGGAAUUUUAUAAAUGUAUUCAAUGGCAAAUUCUUUUUGCAGGGUAUAAAAUCGGGGAUGAGACUGGCAAAACGAAGAUAUAAAGGUAGUUUAAAUAGAAAUAAUUUAUGUAUUAUAAAUUUUCUAGUAUACCUUCAGUAAUAUGCAUACUUUGUCGCAGAAAACAAUCAUGAGGAAAGUGAAGAAGAUUCUGAUGAAGUUUCUGAUGAAGACAUGUUCACCCCGCCAAUAGUAUGUACACGAUGUCAUGAUCAUGGAGUACACCCUUGUAAUAUUAGAUUAGUGAUGUACACACAUUAAUGUUUUAAUACCUUUGACUUCGUAUUUGGCUUAAUAUUACAAAUGAUUAGCCUUUCUCACAAUCAUGAAUAUCCGCCAUUCUUGGGUGGCAUGUAAUUCUUGUUAAACCUAAUAAAACACUCCUGCUCAUUUAUUAAACAGUACUUAAAAUAUUAGCGUUCUCCAUGUGAUUUUGAAGACUUUAAACUGUUUUCAAUUAUCUGUGCCCUGUUCGGAGUGUAUAUGUUUAUCAAACCGAGCUUAAGAUGCACCAAAUUUAUGACACGGACGUGAAGAAAAACUGUAACUAUUCCCGCAGUUUUGUUACACGGAUAAAAAUUAUGGCCUCCAGUUGAUAAACAAAGUCAGAGACACAAGUGAAGCAAAAUAAAACUGGAUUCCAAACAUUAAUAGCAACGGUUUUUAUGUCACGUCCGCGUCAUAGAUUUGGUACAUCUUAAGCUUGCUAUAGCAAGUAUGGAGAAUUUAGAAGACACAUUCGAAGAGUCAGUAUUAAAUGUAUCAUAUGAUGAUCGAUAAUAAGAGCACGUAUUAAUAACAAGGUUUAUAAAAUUAUAUAUAUAUAUAUAUAUAUAUAUUUCUAAAGUGUUCUAUGGCUACUGUAUAUGUAGUUCAUUUAUAUAAUAUAAGUUUUUAUAUUAAAUAUAAUAUAGUAUAAUAGAUUACGCUAUAUUCUAUUAUAUUUUUGGGAGAAAAGUGUAGAGGGCAGUUUUUUUAUGGAGGUCUUUUUUUAAUCAUUUUGUAUUUCCAGGGAUUUGAGACCAUCUUCUCUGUGUUUUGUACAGAGAAAUAA